AUGCCUUAUAGGGUUAAGGGAAUACUGUCAGUCGAGGACACGAAUGUUGCUGUCAGUCAGGCAACUUCAACCGUUACAAAAUCUGCUACCGGCCUGAUACCACCUGAUGCCAUGGAUCUUAUUACUGAAACAUAUGCAGAUGCCAUCUGGAACCACCCUAAUAUUGUGGAUAUUUUUAACUCACUUGACUUGGAUGCUGAUUCAUUGUGUGAAGCCGUUCAAAUUAUCAACCGACAAAAUGAUGAAUUCAUGAGAAUGAUGAUGCUAGCUGCUGAGGUCGCUGCUAAUGAAAUAAUGGAACUGGAGGAAGAUUUCGGAGGGUUAAAUUUAGAAGAAAUGGGUGACUGGUGGGUGAAAGUCACUGUUAUGAUAGAUGACUAUCACAGAAAGGGUGACCCAUGCUUUAAGAUACAUUUUAGGAUGACAAGAAGCGUCUUUGAGGUAUCAAUGCAAUUUAUCUACUUAUCUGUGAUUCUUAACAUCCUUGUUACCACCGUCAAAGACCAUCUCAAGGCAAAGGAUAGGAUGCAACGAGAAAGAACUCCAUUUCAAGACAUCAUGCUUAUGGUGAUUUGGUUGUUGGCGACACCAGAUUCCUUUAGAAGUGUUGCUCUAAAAUUUGGAGUCAACCCUGGUACUCUUUACUAUUUCUAUUUCUAUGUCAUUAUGGCUUUGAGGGAACUCGCUCCCAAUUAUAUUAGUUGGCCAGAUGCUGAAGAGAGGAGGGUGAUUAAAGAUACCUUUGAAAGGGCUACUGGUUUCCCUGGGAUAAUUGGCUCAAUCGAUGGGACGCAUAUUACUGUUACUGCUCCAUUAGUUGAUGCUGCCUCAUACAGAAAUCGGCAUGAUAGCUAUAGCAUCAAUGUGCAAGCAGUUGUGGAUAGUACUCUGCUCGUGCGUCACCUACACGUAGGAGAAGUUGGAAGUAUGCACGAUAAUAGGGUCUUUCGAAGAAGCCCUCUGUAUUCAGAUAUGCUUACUGGGCCUCCAGGUCAGUUCAUAUCUGACGAUGAGCAUAUCGUUGGAGAUGGCGCUUACACACAGACUGAGUUUUUGAUGGUUCCAUUUCGGAAUAAUGGGCACCUAACUCCAGUCCAAUUAAACUACAAUAGAAAGCUGUCACAGAGCAGGGUGAGGGUUGAAAAUGCCUUUGCUCGUGCCAAAGGAAAGUGGCGGAGAUUAAAGUUCAUGCAUGCAAGGAAGCAAGAGGUGGUUGUCGACCACAUUACUGCGUCUUUUGUCUUGCAUAAUUUUACUAUUCUGCACGGAGAACCUAUAAUUGAUGAAGAAGAAUUGGGAAGACGUAUUCGCCAGAAUGAGAUUUUGGGUAAUGAAGUGUUUGUUGAAGAGCAGGAUGGAGAGAUGGCGGAAGAAGAUCCAGAACUAAUGCAUAGAAUGGAAGAUGCUCAUGCCAGAGGUUUGGAGAAAAAACUUAUGUACAUGGAUCAUGUACUUGUCCAGUAG